UGCAGGUUGUAGCUCAACAAAGUGUUGAACUCACCAGGUCAUGGAAAGCCUUUUUACUUGCCUGAGAUGUGCGCGAGCACUCUCGAGUGCCAGUAGAUGUCGGCCGACUUCCAGAGUGGCUCAGCAACUUUCCGGACGCCGCAGCUUUACCUCGAGCGCCUCGUUCUACCAUUCACCUCUGAAAGUUGGUAACGACGCGAACUCAGUUUCCUCUCGAAGCCAUCGACAAACGUCCAGAUCAGUGUCGUCCGCUGCGGUGCCUGCCCAGGAGGAAGAUAAUUUCGAACGCCACAACAUCCCCCCGACUGAUUAUGGAGAGUGGCGAGCCCAUGGUAGAGUCGUGCUCAAGCCAGAUCAAUUAUUUCAUCCCUUCACCAAGUCACCUAUACCGGAGAUCCGACAGAGAGCUCGAUAUAUGAAGCAACAUGCCUUGUGCCCUCACCCCGCCCACCAGCAAACUCGAGUACCUAUUUCCCCCCACGAUCCUGAAGCGAGAAAAGUCGAAGGCGUCAGUUCACAGCCCCCAGCUCACGUCGAGUUUGAGUGUCCGGAUUGUGGCAUCCCUGUGUACUGCUGUGAAGAGCACUGGGCAGAUGACUUUGAAGCUCAUCUCGAGAUAUGCGACACUUUGAAACAAAUCAACGAGGAUGACCAUGAUUUGCGAUCUGGAAGAUGGUUCCCAGAGUUCGAGUACCCGGGGCCGCAGAUAGAUGAAAUAUUGGUCAACAUGACGAGCUGGGACACGUAUCUCUACACCCGACAAUACGAAGCGAUCAAUGAAGACAGGAGUAUGCGGCAGGUUACUAGGUUGUUGACAUAUCCCCUGUCGCUGGGAAGCGUUCUGCAUGAACUCAGCCCAUAUAAUAUCCGCUCCGGGGGACGGCUCACCACGGAAGGGUUGAAGAGUUUGACCGCUUUGCGGUAUACACUCCACCCUCCCAAGACAGGACAGGGAACGAGUAUCAAAGGCUUGAGACUGUCGGCUCCUCCUGUGCGGAUCUUCAUCCUGGGCGCUCGAGCAGAGUCGUCGUUGCCACGUGAAGUUUGGACCCAGCUGUCAUACCUGUUCCCUCAAUCACUCAUCCACCUGGUUUUCAUCGGACCUGAGUCCAUGGCAAAUCGAGACGCGGAGUUUCCACUUCCAGAGAGAACGGCGGUGAACCCCUUCGGAGCUAUAGUGGAAGACCGUGUAUCACCUAAGAUGAAAAUUACGACGUACGUCGAGUAUUUCCACACACUGCACGAAGCAAACCUCUUCUACCCGUACGACCCUUACUUCGACUGCUUCAUGCUGUACCAUCCUGGACUUGGCCACCCAGCUUCUGCCCACGAGUGGGAGAAGACAUUGCCUCAACUACUCGAGACGAAGUGUCCCAUCAUAUGCACAGGCUACACUGAAUGGGAUAUGACACGAGAUUGGCAGUGGGUCAUGGAAAAGUGCGCAGGGGAAGUCGACUUGCUCAUGGAGCCUGGAGAGAAUCGCUUCCGAUCCCUACGAUGGGAUCUGAACGAUCUCGAUCCACAGGAUAUCAGCUGUGGAAAUUGGGGCAUUUGGGCAUUCCGAGGCAAGAGAUAUGAAGCCACUACACGAAACUCGUCGGAAUAGAGCCCGGAAUGUGUACAUAUAGGGAUACCAGCUAUCAACAAGUGAAUGUAUGAUAAAAUGCUUAGACGGACUAGGCACGAUUAUAAGCUCACUAGACACUCGUAUUUAAUCUACUUCGUCCCUCAUUGUUCUCGGUUGUAGGCUGCACUGCCACACUUUGAGGGGACUACAACUGCGUAUUGUACGAAUACGAAGCAAGCGACUACUGCACACUCAUCCUCGUACUCGCAUAAUCCGU